GCCAGGCACCAGUGAAGCAUCUGGCCUACAAAUCCUGUAGUAUCCACAGUACUUCCCUCCCUUCUGCUAGCGUUUCUAUGCCGAAUAAGCCAUCUUCAUCAUUCUGAAGAGCAUCAAUAGCAUCGUACUGGACAAGACGUCAUGCCUCCGAAGCGCUUCCAGUUCUCGGUCAACCCUUUAUGGCCCCAUUACUUGUCAUGGGCAUGCGUGGGUGUCGCUGUUGCACUGGGGCUGCUGCGGUAUGGUAUCUUUGACCGCCCCGACCCACUUCAUUGCAACGCUUUACUUAUGGAGGGCCGAUGGCUGGAUACAGCGUUUCGGAAUUGGCAGCCAGAUGGCUGCAUGAUUUACCAGUACCAAGCCAAGGAUGUCUCGACGUGCAUGAAGUCCAGACGUGUGGUUUUCAUCGGAGACUCGGUCACUCGACAGCUAUAUUUCCAGUUUGCUCAUAUCGUUGACAAGAGCCUUCCAUCUGGCCCGCCGGACGAUGAUCACAAGCAUGCCAAUUACACUUACACGUCCAAUACGAACGUCCAGCUCUCUUUCUACUGGGAUCCCUUCUUGAACACAAGUCAUACCCAGGCUCUCCUCCACCCCGUCGCACACACGACUCCGUCAGACAACCCCGCUCUGUUGGUCAUUGGCUCUGGGCUAUGGUAUCUCCGUUAUGCUGAGUCUGGGGGCCUUCCUGCAUGGGAGGCCACCAUGGAGUCUACCCUCAGUGCCAUCUCCCAAGCACCCCACCCGCUUGCAGACCGUGUCGUCGUCUUGCCCAUAGAGGAUGUCGUAUCGUCAAAACUAUCGCGAGACCGCGCCGCCUCCAUGCACGCGUCGGACAUCGACGCCAUGAACUCGGACCUCCUGCACAGGAUACAACCGGCCCCGCUCCGCGAUCCUUUCUCUUUCCUGCCUAUACCCACCCGCCGUCCCACUGCUAUGCCGGUGUCGUUGCCGCUGGCGUUCAAUGGGAUGCUGCACCCUUCCCAGACGGAGGACGGGCUACACUUUUCCGACCUUGUCGUCGGCAUGCAGGCGCAAGUGCUGCUCAACUUGCAGUGCAACGACGUGCUACCGAAGAAGUUCCCGUUCGACAAGACUUGCUGCCGUUCGUACCCGAGGCCUGCGCCUUUGCACCUGCUGCUUCUUGCUGGAGUUAUUCUGUGGGGACCAGCCAACUGGCUACUCGCUCGUCGAUUCAGUCCCCAGUCCUCUGGCCUUCCCCUUAUAAGAGACGACGAGGUCUACGCGCUCGUGGUCAGCUUUGCCUCAGCAAUCAUCUUCCUCGCAGACCGCACCGGCUAUUGGUUGAAGGAGCAGAAGCAAUUUGACCCAUGGACUUUCGCGUUCCUGUCGCUCUUGAGUCUUGCCGUGGGCCUGCUCACGGUCACGCGCGCAGACAAGGAUCUUGGUUUCCUCAAUAGGGAGCAGACCGAUGAGUGGAAAGGUUGGAUGCAAAUUGCCAUCCUGAUUUACCAUUACACGGGUGCUUCGAAAAUCUCCGGGAUCUAUAACCCCAUCCGGGUCCUCGUGGCGGCGUAUCUGUUCAUGACAGGCUAUGGCCACACUACAUUCUACGUCAAGAAGGCCGACUUCGGGCUAUUGCGGGUCGCCCAGGUCUUGAUCCGUCUGAACCUACUCACAUUGCUUCUGGCAUAUACCAUGAACACCGACUACCUCUACUACUACUUCGCCCCUCUAGUGUCUCAGUGGUAUUUGAUCAUCUACGUGACUAUGGCCGUAGGCGCGCAGUACAAUGACCGCACACCUUUCUUGGUGGUCAAGCUGCUCCUCUCUAUGGCUAUCGUGACGGUAUUCAUGAGCCAGCAGUGGAUCUUGGACAUGGUCUUCGAGUUUCUCGAGCGAUUCUGCAACAUUCGCUGGGACGCUCGGGAAUGGGCCUUCCGCGUCAACCUCGAUCUUUGGAUUGUUUACUUCGGGAUGUUCACUGCCCUAGCAGUGAUCAAGAUCCGCGAUCAACGUCUCACCGACCACCCUCUUUGGCCGCAGGCUACCAAAAUCGCAUCAGGGUUAUCUGCGGUUGUCCUGCUUUGGUUCUUUGCGUUCGAGCUGUCCCAACCGGACAAAUUUGCCUAUAAUGCGUGGCAUCCUUACGUGUCUUUCCUUCCCGUCGGCGCGUUUGUCGUGUUGCGCAAUGCAAAUGCGAUCCUACGGUCAGGCUCGUCCCGUGCGUUCGCAUUCAUUGGGACGUGUUCUCUGGAGACCUUCAUCAUCCAGUACCAUCUCUGGCUCGCUGGCGACACCAAGGGUAUCCUCGUGGUCAUCCCCGGACGGCACUCUCGGCCACUGAACCUACUUUUGACCACCAUAGUAUUCGUCUACAUAUCUCAUCUCGUCGCGAAGGCCACCGGAGAAAUCACGAACUGGAUAUGCGGAUCAUCGAAGAAGGAUGCGUCGCUGCCCACUACAUCUCAGCAGGCCGACGCUUCUGGCUCGCGGAGGCCUGAGCCAACUCGUGUGCCACCAUCAGAAGAGGGUCAGGAGGUGAUCUUCAUGGUCCCUCAGGACGAAGGCGAAGCGAGGAAGGAUCGGGAUGGCAACCCUCUACCGCAAGAGCCAGAUACUCCUGCGCGUCCCCCGCGUCGCUGGAUAGACCGCUUAGCCGAGGGUUCCUCAGCGCCGCCUUCAGCUGGAUUGCGACUAUGGUACGGUGAUUCGGAGUGGAAGCCGGGGUUGAGUACAAAACUCCUGAUAGGAGCGGUAGGCAUGUGGUUGCUGAACAUCAUGUGGCCUGUACCGCAAUAGUAGCAUUGCCCAUCUCUGACGUUCGCGGACACACACAUAGACACGAUAAUAUCCAUACGCUUCAUUGUACAGCUAUACUACGUUACCGACACAACCC